GCCUCAAUGGCUACGAUCCUGCGAGGGGCUUCUCCUUCGCGCCGAACAGCCGUAGCACCCUCCCCGUGACCAUGAAGCCCUGCGUGCAGCCGCCAGCGCCUGCAAACAUUGCGCGAUCCGCAGGGGGAACGCCGCAGCAGUUGACGCCUGCAGGCCCGAACCAGGCGCAGAUCUACGGCGCGGUACAUGCCCGCGGUCGGUCGACGUCGCCCGCCUACAACGCAGGCCAACCCGGCUUCAUCGCGACAACGAUGAGGCACCCGCAGCCAGUGAUCUACCGGCGGUAG